AUGGCAGGACGUGCCAUUAAUCCUCUAAGAUGGAAGCAACAAUGGCAUAAGAUGGAGGGAAAGCAAUUAUCCGAUGUUGCAGAUCAAAUGAUGCAAUGGACAAAUAAACAAUUCGCUCAAAUUGGAAGAGUCUCUGAAUACCGCCGUUGGUGGUGGGCGAACCCUUUAGGCAUGGGUCUUGUAUUCUACGGUGGCUACAAGGUGUGGCAUAUGACGUAUAUGGUCCGGAAGCAGAAAAAGACUGCACAGAUCGUCGCUGCCGCUUACGGUCAAGGAGGACAAUGGCUGAACCCCGUACCGAAGUAA